GGAGGUGGGGGGGGCAGCCUUGCAGGCGACUGGGUGGGAAGGAGGCGGGGCUUCGUGGUGGCAGAGGCGGAGCAAUCGCAGGGAGGAGCUUCCCGUGUGGGCAUGGCUUAGAAUGGAAAUGGCCUGGAUUUGAAGGAUGGAAGGGACUUACCUGGGGCUGAGUGGGGAAAUGGGGCUCAGGGCGAAGGUGGGCGCCGCUUGGAGUAGAAGAGGAGUAGUUGGUCUAGGAGUAGGCACGGUGAGGUGAUGGGAUUGAGGUGUGCAACUUGGCUAGUCUUAGUGGAAGUAGUAAGUCUUCAUAACGUUAAGUGCAGCCACUUAACAGGGGUAGGGAGGGGCUCCCAGGCGAAGGCUGAGAACGAGAGGUUGAGGGGAGGGUCUUGCAAAGGACCGGGCUUCCUUCCAGGCUAGGUUUCAAGGAAACACUGAGUGGUGUUUUGGAGGCAGACCUUAGCGGAGAAGAGAUGGUGGGACUUAGGGAACUCAGAGGAGCCUAGCGGAUAGUAGUAGUUAGAACAGCUUACCUGUUGAGCUCUUGCUGUGCCCUGCCUAAGGAAGCGCGCAGUGCGCAUUGCCCCAGUUUUGCGUAAUCCUCACCUCCACUCCAUGAGAGAGAGCCUCCAUUUGCUACUGCCCUCGCACCACGCCACCAUGGAUGAUGCCCCGCUGCCCGUGCCCCCGGUCCCUGCCCCGGCCCCGGCCCCAGCACCUCCCGCUGCUGCUCCCCGGGUUCCAUUUCACUGCAGUGAAUGCGGCAAGAGCUUCCGCUACCGCUCGGACCUUCGGCGCCACUUCGCCCGGCACACUGCACUCAAACCCCACGCGUGUCCACGCUGUGGCAAGGGCUUCAAACACAGCUUCAACCUGGCCAACCACCUGCGUUCACACACCGGCGAGCGGCCCUACCGCUGCUCUGCCUGCCCUAAAGGGUUCCGAGACUCCACCGGCCUGCUGCACCACCAGGUCGUCCACACUGGUGAGAAGCCCUACUGCUGCCUGGUCUGUGAGCUCCGCUUCUCCUCGCGCUCCAGCCUGGGCCGCCACCUCAAGCGCCAGCACCGUGGGGUGCUCCCGUCCCCGCUGCAACCCGGCCCAGGCCUGCCGGCCCUGAGCGCACCCUGCUCGGUCUGCUGCAAUGUGGGGCCCUGCUCGGUGUGCGGGGGGGCGGGGGCCGGUGGCGGAGAGGGCCCGGAGGGGACGGCCCCCGUGGCCCCGGAGGGGGAGCCCGCGUCCGGCGAGGCCGCGUCCGGCUCCGGCCGGGGCAAGAAGAUCUUUGGCUGCUCCGAGUGCGAGAAGCUGUUCCGCUCGCCGCGUGACCUGGAGCGCCACGUGCUGGUGCACACGGGCGAGAAGCCGUUCCCGUGCCUGGAGUGCGGCAAGUUCUUCCGCCACGAGUGCUACCUCAAGCGCCACCGGCUGCUGCAUGGCACCGAGAGGCCCUUCCCCUGCCACAUCUGUGGCAAGGGCUUCAUCACGCUCAGCAACCUCUCGCGGCACCUGAAGCUGCACCGGGGCAUGGACUGACGCCGCCGGGCUGCGCCUGCGCCCCACCGCCCCUCCCCAGGGGCUGCACCCAGGGCCCGGGGCCAGAUCCCCGGGUCCUGCCGUCAGGGGACCCCGGCUGGAGAGAGCGGGCCACCAGACACCCACACAGGCCCCUGAGCUGGGGGCAGCAAAUAAAUGGAGGGACUCCUCAGCUCCGGGGUCCAGGAUCUAGGAAGAGAUUCCUGAGCACCCCCAAAUCAACAAGCCUCCCCAAGCUGUGGGGACCCAGCAAUGAGAAAUGGGUCUCUCCAAGUACUUCUCAUCUUGAAGACCCUAGUAAUAAAAGAUGGGCGUCCUUCCCCCAGAGGAAGACCGCCCCUCUCCCCAAGAGCCAUCAUUCCCAACGACCUUGAUCUGGAGAAUGUGGGGGACCAUGUCCCCGAAUUUCCCUGGAUCCCCGCGAAUGCUACCCACCAGUCACUGGUGCCCCCCCGAAAAUGGAUAUAGCCGGAAUCUGCCUUCCCCCCCACCCCCACCCCAUUUCAUUCCUUAUGCUGAAAGAGGACCAGGGUAGAUGCCCUCUGCCCUCAACCCCCCUCCCCAAUUAGGUCUCCCUCCCCUACUGCAGAAUGGAUCCAUCCUAAUGAUCUUCCCCAUCCCAAACACUAGAAUAGGCUGGUUUGAAAUCCCUCCUGCCCAGUAGAAUGAACUGAAUCAGAUACACACCCCUGUCCACUGGAAUGGGCUGGUCCAGAUUGUGGCCUGUACCCACCCUCCUUAGGCGAAUACAGCAGACACUCCUCCCUUCCUCUAGAGUGUGGGCCAGUCCACCUCAUUCCCCAUCCUGUGAACUCAUCUGAGUGGGAGGUGGUGGACAUUGGGGUUUUCCUCCCACUCUGCUGUAGCACCUGUCUUUCCAUCUCUGUUGGUUUGUCUGUCUCUGUGUUCCUCUCAACCCCAAGGGGAAGGGGGUUUGGCUAGGGGCUUCCCCCCUGUGAGCCUCGACCUUGCCCCUCAUCCCACUCCCUAAUGUCUCCAGGACCCCAAUAAACCUCGUCCUGUCAGUCA